GCCGCCGCCGCGGGGAUGAACCGGAUCCCGUCCGUCUCGCUGCGGGCCGACGCGGCGCCGGACCCCGACCCGGCGGCGCUGGCGCGGUGGGCGCGGGCGUUCUGCGUCAUCCGCUUCGACCUGGAGCGCGGGCAGCUGGUGGAGGCCUGCUACCCGCCGGACGCGCUGGCGCACGGCGGCCUCGACCGCCUCGUCGCCUUCUCCUCCUUCCCGGACUCCAUGUCCCACCACCUCCCGCGCCACCGCUCCUCCGUCCACGACUCGCUCUUCUCCUUCCGCCUCCCAGACCCCUCCCCUCCCGCUUCCCGCCUCCCCUUCCUCUACGGCUUCGUCUUCAACCGCCAGCGCCAGGACGAGCGCCUCCCGCGCGGCGGCGAGCAGAAGUCCGUCGUCAUACUCUCGCACGCGCCCUACUCCUCCCUCUUCCGUCUCCUCCUACAGAUCCUCGGCCCGCUCUGCUUCGACAUCGGCCACGCCGCGCUCACCAUGGUCGCCUCGCACGUCGCCGCCUGGCCGCCGCCGGCGCCCGGGUGCCCCAUGGAGCUCCCCAUCGGCAGCGCCGCGCUAAGGGUGCACCUCCCGCCCGCGGCCGACGACCCUGGCCCGCCGCCCGCUCUGCUGCCGGCCAACCCCUCCGUUCCCUACGGGCUCUUCCACGACGCCGACCUCUUCGCCGCGUUCCGUGGCUUGCUCCUCCACCUCUGGACGCUAUGGGAGCUCAUGGUGGUCGGUGAACCCAUACUGGUUGUCGCGCCGUCACCACCCCAAUGCUCGGAGGCCGUGGCUGGCCUUGUUAGCCUCGUCGCUCCAAUCUUGUACAGCGUGGACUUCCGGCCGUACUUCACUAUCCAUGACCCGGACUUCGCUCGCCUGAACGCGCUCGCGGAAGGCGAGGUGUUCCCACCCAUGGUGCUCGGCGUGACCAACCUGUUCUUCUUGAAGAGUCUUAAGAGUAUUCCGAAUGUGGUCUCCGUGGGAAGCCCGAACCCGAAUUCUACUAGGGUGCUCCCGGCAGGCGGGCAGACGCCAGCGUCCGCGAACGGAUCCAACGGGACACCUGUGAAGCUCAAGCUCGACAAGCUUGCAAUCAAUAAGUUCUCUCCCACCGGCCUGUUGAAUUCCAUCAAGUUGAGACGAGAAGGCCCUCUUUCCCUUAUGACGGAGCACAGGGAGGCGCUGUGGAGCACGUAUGUGCCAACCACAAAGCCCGACACAUCUGUUCUCAAUAGGCUCAUUGAUGCCGGUGUGUCACCGAGAAUCGAGGAGUCCAUGUCGGUCGUCAACAACGAGAUAUUGCGGCGCCAUUUCUUGGAGCUAACGACCAACUUCCUCGCGCCUUUUGGGCCGUAUCUGAGAACUACCACACCGCUGGAAGGGAGUUCUCCCUUUGUUGAUCCACCGCUACUUCCACCAUUUCAUGCGGAUGAGUUUGUCAAUGGUUUGGCUGCUAGAGGUCCAGGGAAGUUUUUGUCUAAAAGGAUGAGGUCCAAUUGGCUGAAUCUAUAUAGGAAAUUCUUGGAAGGGCCUAAUUUCAUGCCUUGGUUCCGACAAAGACGUUCUGCUGCAGAGAAAGAUCAACAGAGGCUCUGGAGGCAAGCUCGCUUGAAUGUUGACAUUGAGAAGUUAAUGUCAAAGAUGUCUGAGUUGGAGAGGAUUGAUUCUUUUAAUGUUAUUGAGCGGUAUCUUCUCAGAGAGAUGGAGAAUUCUGGGACAGGUACCUCUGAAUCAAUAGCAGCAUGUCAGAUAUUGAAGACAAACCUCCAAGCAGCAUUCAGUGUCCUCCCAAAGGACAUGCAGCAGCUGCUGCUCUCCAACCCUAAAAGAUCUGUGCUUCUUCAAGUCAGCCAUGAAGAAGCCCCAGAGCUCGGUGACAUUGUCUCCCAGACAAGUUUGUAGCAGUUUUUAUUUGUAACAUUACUAUUCAGAUUCUUUGAACCACAGUCCAAAAUUCACACUUUUUUUAUACAUGGGCCUGAUGGGAUUGUCUCAAAUUUUAUCCACAUAGUCCAAACUAGGCACGUUUUUCUAUACAUUGCUGCUGAAACUCAAAAAUAUUCAGAUUUGCUUUGUGUC